AUGGCUAAAGUUUGUACGAAAAAGUUGCGAGAAAUUGCUCUACAACUUGUGAAAGAAAUUGCUAACGAAAGAAAAGAUAGUCAGGAAGGUAAGCUACACAUGUUUUUGAUUACUUCAGAAAGAUAUUACUCAGAAUUACAGUGCUACUGGAUUCCAUAUUUACUGUUUAAAAAAUUAGCUUUGACAAAUGACACUCUUGUGACUGACUUUAUCGCUUUUAUAUCAAGCCAAAUUACCUAUAAUAUUUCCUGUAUUUUAGAUGCAGUUGUACCAAGUGAUGAAUUGUUCUCAGCGUAAGUAAAUAAUAUAGAUGUUAGACUAAAAUUACAUCAUUAGUUUGAUAAUUGAUAAUCAAACUAUUAUGCAAUUUCAGUCUGUUAUUUUAUGAUUUUGAUCAUUCAGUGGCUUAGGAUGGAAAAUUGCAUAUGCUAAACCAAUCUUUCGUUCAAUCAAUCAAACUACCUGAAAAAUACAAGUGAAAUUCGAUGUUUUGAGCGAAAGGUUAUUAUUGGAACUACUGACCUACAAUGGCAUGGGGCCAUGCUAAAGCGAACAUGUAACCUAAUUACCCCGAGGUAACCCCGUGUUUUUAAUUAUUGUAGGUUACAUGUUGUCUUUCCACAAACAUUGCAACAAGCUGUAGACUUAGUUGAUCGAGAUUGUGUUACCAAGGUCAUCUCGGCAAGUGGGAGAGAGUUGUUCCAGGUGAUUAGCAAUUCAACAGAAGUACCAUUAUAAUCUGCAUUAGUUUACCAUUCAUUGUCAUCAUCACCAGAACCAUUGUCACCAUCAUUAUCACUAGUCCAUCACCAUAAUUUAUCACAUAAUUGUCACCACCACCAGCAUCUUCACCCUCACCACCAUAAAACAAUCACCACCAAUGCCUGAAUAUCAUCACUGUCAUCACCCAUCAAUCAAUCAUCUAAUACAUGUGUAAAUAUUCUUUAUCAAGGUAAAAGGCUCAUCAGGAAAAAUUUAUAACUGUCUCAUGUCAUCAGAAUAUUGUACAUGUCCUUCGUAUACCUACUAUGGUAAAUAUCCACCACUCUUUUGCAUUCAGACCAGUUGCCUUGAAAUUGCAAAAACACUACCCAUACAAGAAUUUUUUCUGUGUUGGUGUAAUAUAUCCACACCGGGCAAGCUUGAAAAAUAUGCCUGGCCACGGUGCGAAUCGAACCUACGACCUUUGGAAUACUAGCCCAUGCAAUGCUCUGCCAACUGAGCUACGCAGUCAGGUCGGUUUGAGAUAUUUCGGAACUGAGUCUAGUUGGUAACUCUUACAUAGCAACAGGUCAUGCUAUGUAAAUUUUUAAUAAUUUGCAUUAUUCAAAAUUUUAGAAAUGUAUCGUCUAAAGACCAGGUCUAUUAGCAUAGCAUGACCAGUAGCCAUGGCUAGUUUUUGCCACUGAAUUUUUGUCAAAGCAAUAUUUUUCACUUUUGUCUACUGUAGUUUUGAUGAAAGAAGAGGUACUAAUGGUAAGCCUUGUAUUAAGCUUUAUAAACAUUGCAGUCAUUAAGAAUCCUGCUUGUAUUAUUCAUAGUACUGUACUUUAAGGCCAUCCAUUCAAUAAUUUGCUGUCAUAAUCCAGUUUAAACCAAAGAGAAACUAAUUAUGAAUUUUGACUCUUUCGUAGUGCAAACAUGUUCUGGCGGUUUACAUUUCUCAGAAUCUUGAAACUUUGAAUGAAAGAAAUAUCAGUGAUGAAGAUUUUGCAAAGAUUUUGACUGAAGUGAAUGAUUGA